AUGCAAUUCUUCACUCUCCCAGUUUUCGCACUCCUGGCUACCGCUGCCCUGGCCAUGCCCGCCGAGAACGAAGCACGCGCCUUGGAAGCCCGAGCUGACUGCAGCAGAAUUCUUCCUGCGUGUAAUGGCGGCCGCGUCGUGGGCCAAACCAACUGCCGAUGCUCGGGGCAGAAGGAGCAAUGUGAUCUCUGGACCUGCCCAGGAGGCAAGCCAAACGUCAUGGUCUGUGGUCAGUCAGGAACUGGCUGCGUCUGGAUCUAG